AUGCAAGAAGAAACCGAGAACAACGUACGAUUGAGCGGAAUCAACAAAGUCACAGUGGGGAUGAUGUUGAAACAAAACGGAUUUGCGAAAGCAGUGAUGGACAUCAAGAAUAUCGGAAUAGCAAAAGUGAUGGUGCUCUUCAGUGAAUGGAAGGAAGCAAACAUGCUAGUAAACAGUCAAAACCUGAUCCUUAAGCGAUUCAGAGCCUUCAUUCCGAAGAGUUUUGUGACCGCCAAAGAAGUAAUAGCAGGAAUCCCAGAGAAGUUACAAUCCGAGGAACUAAUCGAAGACAUCGAAACAAACAAGGAAAUUUUGGAAGUAUUCCGCCUACAGGGGACAGUAGCAGCAGGCAAAAGAAUGGACGGUUGCAAUCCAAUAGCAAGUAGCGAGGAGGACGAGGAGGAGGACGAGGAGGAGGACGAGGAGGAGGACGAGGAGGAGGACGAGGAGGAGGACGAGGAGGAGGACGAGGAGGAGGACGAGGAGGAGGACGAGGAGGAGGACGAGGAGGAGAAGGAAUAA